AUGUACUACUGUAAGGUUUUCAAUGUGGGUAACACGCGGAGACAAUUUGCCAAAGAGCAUAACAUGAAGGAGCAGGAUUCCAAAUUUUUUGAUCCAAAUGAUGAGCACUCGAAAAUGUUAAGAGAGAAAUGGGCUAUGGACACGUUGGAUCAACUUUUAGACUAUCUUUUGAAAGGUCCUGGGUCCGUUGGUAUUUUUGAUGCGACGAAUUCGACAAGGGAAAGACGGAAAAAGAUAUUGCAAAAGAUACAUGAGAAGAAUAAAUUCAUCAAGGUUCUGUAUUUGGAGAGUAUAUGUUCGGAUAAAGAAACUGUAGAGAAAAAUAUUAGAUUGAAGUUACUGGGUCCCGAUUAUAAAGGAAAGGAUCCUGAUUCAUCGUUGAUCGAUUUCAAGGAGAGAUUAAGUAAUUACAUGAAAAGUUAUCAAACCAUAGAGGAUGACGAAAAUGUUCCCUACAUUAAAAUGAUUGAUAUAGGUAAAAAGAUUGUGUCUUAUGAUAUUCAAGGCUUUCUUGCAUCUCAAACCGUUUACUAUUUAUUAAACUUUAACCUUGCGGAAAGACAGAUAUGGAUCUCCAGAAGUGGUGAAAGUGAAUUUAAUGUCCAGGGGAGAAUCGGUGGAGAUUCACUACUAACGCAACGUGGAUGGAAAUACGCAAAGGCUUUGGCUAGGUUUAUGGAAGAACAAAAGAAGUUAUUCAAUGAAAGGCAAAUGAAAGAACAUCUGAAAGUAUGUAGCGAUGAAGGAAGUAAGCGUGAUUUUACCCCAACAGAAUUCUUUGUGUGGACCUCUAUGAAGAAAAGAGCAAUGGCGACUUCAUCGACAUUCAAUGAUGCUCACUUUGAUAUCAAACAAAUGAAGAUGUUAGACGAACUAAGCGCGGGUGAUUUCGAGGGAAUGACUUACGAAGAAAUUCUCAGAAAUCAUCCUGCGGAGUACGAGGAAAGACUUGAAGAUAAAUUAAGGUAUAGAUAUCCAGGCAUUGGCGGUGAAUCAUACAUGGAUGUUAUUAAUAGACUAAGGCCAGUGAUCACGGAGAUCGAAAGAAUCACCGACAGUCUGUUGCUCAUUACUCACCGUGUUGUGGCAAGAGUGUUGUUAGGUUACUUUUUAAAUUUGAGUAAGGACGUCAUCUCGAAUUUAGAUGUUCCGUUACAUUCAGUUUACUGUCUCGAGCCUAAACCAUAUGGUGUUAGUUGGUACUUAUAUGAAUAUGAUGAAGAGAAAGAUACCUUCUUUAAGGUUCCUCAAUCCGAGUUGAAUACAAUGAAGGUUAAGGAAGUCGGAUUGGUGCAUCAAGAAAGAAGAUAUUCCAUUAUUCCUACGGCUCCUUCAACUGGCGGAAAGUCUAGAAGUGGAAGCCAUAGUAGCAACAAUACUUCAUCUAGUAGCACAGCAGCAUCUUCUGCUCGUAUGCCCUCAUUCAACCCCCCAUUUUCGGCUUCUGCUCAUAUGAACGCUGCUUCAAGAUUCAUUCACCCAGGCAGACAGCAUCCUGCAUACCAAACACAUCCUAGUCUGCUAGCACGUACUAUGUCUCGGAAUCAUAGCUCUGACCAUGUUGGAAUUAUAAAGAAGAGCGUUUCGCCCCGUGAAUUAUCGAACUCAAUUGAACUAGAUAAAUUGAACGAAAAGCUAUCAAAGUUAGCUUCCAGCGACGAGUCAAAAAAUGGUGAGAGUGAUGACACUCCUGCCGGCGUACCACUGACAAGAAGUCAAAGUGAAUCAUACUCACCAAAAGCAAGCUAA